CCCUGGAGAAAAUUCCAAAAUUGCAACAUUUUCCCCCUUUUUGUUUACGUUUACUUAAAUCUCAAAAAUCAAAAUGACCCCAUCAUUACUUUCCACUCAAUUCACCUAACAUCAUUUUUCAAAUUGGUUGAAGUUGAACGACUGAUCAACAACUGAUUUGUUAGAUACACCAACAGAUUUCAAAAUUUGUGUGCGUGUGUGUCAACGGAUUAGAUGAGGAUUGCAUCAGGCGGUGGCGGUGGCGCUGGUGGAGAAGCAUGGAAGGCACACGCGGCGAUGGCGUUGGUACAAUUGUUCAAUGGAGGAUAUCAUGUCAUCACAAAAGUAGCUCUGAAUGGUGGAGUCAAUGAGAUUGUUUUCUGCGUGUAUCGUGACAUCCUUGCCAUCUCUAUCCUUGCUCCCAUCGCCUAUUUCCGUGAAAAGAGAAUCAGACCAACUAUGACUAGGCAGUUGCUCAUGUAUUUCUUCUUUCUUGGGUUGACAGGGAUUUUUGGGAACCAGCUUUUGUUUCUUCUUGGUCUUGGCUACACAAAUCCAACCUAUGCUGCAGCCAUUCAACCUUCAAUUCCUGUCUUCACAUUUAUACUUGCUGCAAUGAUGGGUACAGAAACAGUAAAUGUGCUGAAAAGUGAAGGUCAGGCAAAAAUUGGAGGCACCUUAGUUUGUGUUUCUGGUGCCAUUUUAAUGGCUAUCUUCAAAGGACCAGCUUUACUAGGGUUUGCAAACACUGCCCCUGAAAUAAUUCCAGCUGGACAACCAAUGUUUUCUAAUCUUGCAACCUUAGGAAUUGACAACUGGCACAUUGGUGUUCUAUGCUUAAUAGGAAACUGUAUAUGCAUGGCUACCUUUCUAGCUGUUCAGGCUCCAGUGUUGGCUAUGUAUCCUGCAAAUCUAUCAGUUACAGCAUAUUCGUACUUUUUUGGUACACUUUUUAUGGUGGUGACAGCUGUCUCCUUCAACAAUGAGUCAAUGAACUGGCAUUUGACUGGGUCCGAGGUUUUGGCAGUAAUUUAUGCUGGAAUCAUCGCGUCUGCAUUGAACUAUGGACUUCUAACAUGGUCGAACAAGAUAAUGGGACCCGCUUUGGUUGCUCUUUAUAAUCCACUUCAACCUGCUGCUUCUGCUUUUUUGUCAAAAGUAUUCCUUGGUGACCCAAUCUAUUUGGGAAGCAUUUUGGGAGGAUUGUUGAUCAUAGUGGGGUUAUAUGUGGUGACAUGGGCGACUUAUCGGGAAAAACAAAAGCAACAGGCAGCCUUAGUAGGUCGUUCCUCAGAGCCACUCAUAGACCAGAUUUUUGGUGGGCCUUCCCCAUCACUACUUAAGUCUACAGAUUAAGGACCACACACACACACACACCAAAUGGCAAAUGUUGUUGUUGUUUUCUUCUGUUUUUACCUUUUGCCCUUCAAUUGUAUUUUUGGUUUUUGUGCAAAAUGUGUAAGCAGAAUAGUGACAGAUAGAAAUAUAUAUUCUUCCAUUUUGGGCUUUUCCUGAUGGGGUCAUUCAUGAGUGUAAUGAGUCUUCCCACAGAAUAUGUCCCUAUCACUCAUAGCAGAAAGAAAAAAAAAAUGUGAUGUUGUGGUGAUGAUAUGGU